AUGUGGAUCAAUUUCAGAUCCCAAGCUUCCCUAUGGGCUAAGUUCAUGAAAGGAAAAUACUGCAAAGGACAACGCCCAUCUCUCAUCUCCAAAAAGUUGGGGGACUCUAGAAUUUUGACUAAUAUGCUUAAAAUUAGACACCUUACUGAAGAAAUGUACAUUUGGGAUUUGGGGAAUGGUCAAGUGAACUUCUGGCUAGACCAUUGGUGUCCUAAAAACUGGCUAGGGGCUCCCCCCUCUGAUUUCAACCCUUACCUUUCAGUUUGUGAUCUUUGGGAUGGGGACUCCUGGUCUGUUACUAAGCUCCAAUCCAUUCUACAGGAGCCCCACCUAUCUCAAGUUACUAAGAUUGUUUUUGAUAAAGGUUGGAAAGACAAAAUUAUUUGGCAUAGCUAUGCUAACCAAAAUUUGACUAAAGUCAUCUAUGCCAAACUUUACUGUUGGGAUCAAGUCCCUUGGGGUGAAGCCAUUUGGGACAUAUAUCUAUCCCCCUCUAUAUCAUUCUUUUAUUGGAGGUUCUUCAACAAUCUGCUGCCAACUGAUGAUAUUCUUAAACUUAAGGGUUUGAGAGGGCCUUUUAGAUGCUAUCUUUGUCAGAUAUUUGAAGAGGACAACAACCACCUCUUCUUUAAAUGUGAGUUUGCUCAAGAGGUGUGGAAGACACUUCUUACUAAGAUUAAAGUUGAGGGCUUGGAUAAAGACUGGUCCAAUCUCAAAGAUGGAUGUCACGGCUGGAAAAGUAAGAAAGGUGAUUCUAUCCCUUUCAUUGUGGCCUGGUUCUUAUGGAUGUGCAGAAACAACAGAAAACAUGAAGACAAGCCUAUUCAUCAUUCCAAGGUUACUAGAAACUGUGCUUCCUACUUAAACAAGCUGAUUCAACUUAACAACUUCCCUAAUAUCAGUUUGCCUCAGACAGUUAUUUGGCAACCCCCUGAUCAACAUACCAUGAAGAUUAAUAUUGAUGAGGCCCAUGAUGCUCUGGAACCUGAGCUUAUUGCUAUUUUUUGGGCCCUUACCUUUGCAUUGAAAGCUGCAUGGUAUAAACUAUGGAUUGAGGUGGACUCUAUUCAACUUAUCACUUUCCUCAACACUGAACAACUGUCCUCUUGGCACCACAUACAUCGGAAACCAAAAAUUGGCAAUCGUGGGGUGGGAUUCUGGAUUCCUCUAGCAAAUGCUUGUUGUUCUUUCAUGCUCCUACUGAGGCCCAUGAUGCUCUGGAAUUUUAGCUUAUUGCUCUUUACUGGGCCCUUACCGUUGCACUGA